GGAUUUAGCUGUAAUAUCGACGACGAUUUUUAUCCGAUUUCCAAAUACUAUUAUUUGAAUUCAUGUGCAAUUUAUUCAGGCCUUCGGAAUAGGAAAUUGCUACGUCAGAAGAAGAAAAUUAAAAUUUUCGGAAAAGCGAUUUCUUACUACUCAAACUCGUCUGCUGACUUCAGCGGGUGCAAGACAAGUUUUGUAGAUAUUAUUCUCAGCAUUUCAGAUUCGGUUACGACUUGCCAAGAUCUCGAUUUUGGAAGAUGAAUUCUUACUGUAACAAAACAUGGAAGGAAGUUCUGGAACUUGUUGACAACCUACCGACAAUAAAAGAAAUAAGAAAAUACAACCGCAGCCACAACAAUACAUAUACAUUUUCAGAGGAUGAGAUAAUACUAUUUCGCAAAAAGGCAGAGUUGUUUGUUAGCACGACUGACUUAGACAAGUUGAAUGUUAUUCACGUGACUGGAACUAAAGGAAAGGGUUCUACGUGCUCCUUCGUUGAAAGUAUACUUCGCGCGUGUGGAUUCAAAACGGGGUUUUUCAGUUCUCCACAUCUUGUAGAUCCUCGGGAACGAAUUCGUAUAAACGGACAACAGAUUUCCAAGGAAAUGUUCACCCGUUAUUUUUACUCAACAAAUGAGAGCAUAGAAGGCGCAUUUGAUGGUAGCAAUAAAACGUCAUUUUUCAGAGUUUUUUUUCUCAUGGCACUUCGUAUAUUCGUCGAAGAAAAGGUGGAUGUUGCUGUUAUUGAAGUUGGAGUCGGUGGUUUGUAUGACUUAACGAAUAUUUUCCGAACGCCGAAAGUUUCAGGGAUAUCUAGUUUAGGGUUGGAUCAUGCUGAUAAGCUUGGGGAUACCAUUGAAGAAAUUGCCUGGCAGAAAUCUGGAAUAUUCAAGAUGACUGUCCGAUGUGUGCCUUCUAUUGACGAUUAUGAUUUUCAAGGAAGAACUGUGAAGUUGGGUCUCAAGGGGGAGCACCAAGGCAUCAAUGCUUCUCUAGCUCUGCAACUGUGUAGAACUUGGCUAGAAGAAACCCAUCCGGAAUUAUUUCAAUUCACAGAUGUGAGGGGUGAUCCUGAGAAUGAUAACCCAAUCACAGUUGGUAAAAAGCCAGACAAGCGACUUGUGAAAAUCAAGACAUGGGAAAUAAAAAGAGUGCCUCCAUUUGUCGUCCCCGAAGUUUUCUUGCAAGGUUUGCGUGACUGUUUUUGGCCAGGUCGAUCCCAAACGUUUAAGAGGCAAAGUGUUACCUACUACCUUGAUGGCGCGCACACUCCACGAAGCAUACGCGUAUGCAUAGACUGGUUCUUAGCAGCGGCUGAAAAAGAAGCGAAAGGUUUGAAAGGCCCGGUAGCACGAGCACUUCUUUUCAACACGACGGGACAAAGGAAUGCAGAGGCUCUCCUUUCUCCGUUGAUGGAAUGUAAUUUUGACGUCAUCGCAUUCUCUCCAAAUGUUGCAACCGACUCAACUAGUCCUUCAGAGUCAACCUGCCAUAAAAUGGCCGUAUGCAUAGAAAACAAUGCAAUCUACGAACAGCUUCAACUCGAAAAGUCGACACCAUGUCACGAUCAUGAUAAAAACGGAAACGGUAACGUUCGAGGAUUUGUAGCCUUUGCAGGGCAGCCAAUGAAUCACGCUUGUCAUAUGACAUCGACGUGUUGUGAUUCAAGCAGCAAGGGGGAACAUAAUGCUGUGUUUACCUGUGUACCCAGGGCUUUACGAUGGGUGGCUGGCUCAAAGGACACCGAGUUAGGUGGGCCUUUGGGUGACGGGCCAUCGAUACCAGUCCAGAUACAAAACGCGGCCCACAUACAAAUUUUGGUUACUGGUAGUCUGUUCCUCGUCGGAAAAUCCAUUGAGGUUCUCAACCCAGAUUUAGUGACAAAAUCAUUAGAACCACAAGAAUAAAUGAAUAAAGUAUAAAUAUUAAUUAUUAUUCAAUAUUAAUAAUAAUAAAAACAAACGUUUAUAGUGCAAAUAUCACUAAACCUAUUUGUUUUCCAGUCACUAUUCUUUGAAUUCUACUGCUGCUGUCAGGAGAGCCACAUAACGGGUUUCCGGCAUUUUGGCAAUUGAUAGAAGGCACAUGUAUUUAUAUUUAUUUACUUUUCUUUUCUUACUUCUUUUUUUUUGUAUCUGUUAUAAAACGACUUCUUUUCGUUAUAUUAUUGAGUUAUAUAAAGGUAGACAGUUAACACGGGUCGGUAUUGUAAAAAAAUAUGUUGAGCUUAUCCUAUGUUACAAAUGUUGAUGGUUAUAUUAAUUUCUGAUUACGCGUAGGAUUACUGUAAUUCUAUUUUGCGUCAAGUUACAUUUCUUGCCGUUUAUUUUUGAAAUAUGAAUAUUGUCUACUGCACAGCUAUACGUUACUUGACCUGUUCCUAUCGUUUCAUAUACUAUGGUCGAUACAGCACUGUUUAUUUUUCAUCGGUUAUCUGUUUUCAUUUUGUUUUAUUUAUAAACAUGUUAUUCCGAAAUAAAGAACUUAUU